GCCGGGUAACGGCGGUCAUUUUCUUGCGUCCAUGUUUAAGUAAACGUGUCGGUGCUGUGUUGGUUUUAAUUUUAAAAGGCCAGAGCAGGCCCGAUAAUAGUAUACGAAACCUGAACACAAAUGGAGCUAUUGAUCAAAGGAAAACGAGACUUAACUACAAUUGUUUGCUCUGCGUUUUAAAAAACGAUUAGAUGUUCAAUUUUUCACCUAACCUCUCCGCUCAUAUAUUUGUUGUAAAGUUGUGAAUUAUGGGAUCUUUAUCACUCGAAAUAAGCUAAAUUUCGAAAAUGUUCACCAAAGAAACUUCCACAAGGAUGCCUGCAUUACGCUGGAGCUGUUGUUUGAUUUUAUUGUUGUUAUUUAUAAUUGGUAACCUCGUACCAAAUGUUGAAUGUCUGGAAGUAAUUUAUGCAAUUAAUGCUGGAGGAGAUGCCCAUACUGACAGUUUCGGCAUCCGUUAUGCCAAAGAUCCACUUUCUGGAAAAGUCGGCACUGGUUCCGAUUAUGGGAAGCAACUUCUUAUUGGAAGAGCAAAUCCUGGAGAUCAAGUUCUUUAUCAAACCGAGCGGUAUCAUCACAGUACUUUUGGCUAUGAUGUUCCAAUUACUGAUGAUGGAGAAUAUGUUAUGAUACUUAAAUUCAGCGAAGUUUAUUUUAAUUCACCGAAUAUGAAGGUCUUUGACGUUGUCCUGAAUGGGGAUCACACAGUCGUAACAGAUUUGGAUAUAUUUGAAAGAGUUGGUCGUGGAAUCGCUCACGAUGAACAUGUCCCUUUCACUGUACAGAAAGGAAAAUUAUAUUACAACGAUGAAGAGUCCGACAUACUGGGUGGAAAAAUACGAGUUGAAUUUAUAAAGGGGUACCGAGAUAAUCCAAAGAUAAAUGCAAUUGCUGUGAUUAAAGGAAGCCUUGACGACGUUCCUCAACUAGGGCCAAUCCCUCAGGAGCCGGAAGAGUAUCAAGGAAUCCAGGAUGAUGAGGAACAAUCCAUUGUCCGCAGCAGACACACAAGUGGUCCUCGAACUCCAGAUCCUUAUUCCAUAGACGAUUCCUCAGUAAUGUUACCUGUUUUUGUUGCGAUAGGGGCAUUCAUCCCUCUCCUAUUUUGUCUCUGUAAAUUAUAGGCAAAAGAGAGACUUUAAGGUACUGUGUACUUAAAAACAUCGUACGCUUUAACGUUGGAUGUUCAUUUGUUUUAAGCAAACGACUGAAUGGUACUUGAGUUGCAGCGACUUCGACUUUUUUUACGCUUUCAUAUUUUUUCACGUUGAUCAAAUACAUGUAAAAUAUAAGAAAAAUCACUCUCUAAAGAUUUGUAUAUAAUAUUAAAUAAUAUCAUUAAUUUAAUUAAAUAAUAAUUAACAGAGUCUUAGAAUUUUCGUGUAAUUAUAAUUGUAUUGUCUAAUCUUCUAAACUCCAAAGUAACGUUUGCCUAUUUUAUUAUAAGAUAUGUGAGUCGGAUUCGCUGUAAAUUACGAGACAAGACUACAAGUUAGGUAACUUAUUAUUAUAAUAGAUACCACUAUUAUUUAUUACAUUAUUUAUACACAGAAGAUAAUAUUAAAAUGGAAAGUGUGAACACGUGUGUUCGUGUUCGCCUCACACUAGAAGUUACGAUUAAUCUUAUUAAUUGUUUUAUGUUUUAUGCAUUUUGAAUACACGUUCGUUAAAGAAAAUUGCGCACACUGAGUUUGCAUGGGUUUAGGAAUUUAAGAUUUCAUACCUGUUUCGAACGUAGGCCUUUUGUCCAAAAAUGCAGAUAUUUCCUUAAGUAUUUUGUCAAAUGCCAAAUCUGAUUUAUUCACAGUCAUGAAUAAAACUGUUUUAUUAUUGUAGACCUA